GAACCCCGAUCGAUUUACAGAUGCUGCACAGGGAUUGAUCCUUGUGUAAGUGAAUUGUUUACAUGGCGAAUAAUGAGGCUUCGGGUGAGCAAGAGAUCGAGAGGCAGUUGAACCCGAUAGCGUGUAGUCAUUGUCGACAGCGGAAACGCAAGUGCGAUAGGCAGUUGCCGCAUUGUCUGCAGUGCACCAAUGAUCCUACCAACUGCCAUUACCCAGAACAAAAUAAGAGAGGUCUUCCAAUUGGGUUUAUCACCAGGCUAGAAGCUCGCCUUGCAGAGACAGAAGAAGCUCUUUUUCGGCUUGUACACACUAUCGACGAACCCAACAACAAUCAUAUCUCGCUCAAGCCUUCAUCACAAAGAAAAGACGAUCGUAUAACAGAAUGGGACAGUCUUCCACUCAGAAACGUGGAUGAAAUAAGAGCAUGGUACCGAAGUAGAUCAGAGCAAACUCACUCACCAACCCAGCCUGACGCUCUGAUGGAAGGAAACCAACGGGCACGAUCUAUUCAUGCCACACCACCCGUGUCAGAGACUGUGGACUUUCCAGAUGAUGUCGGAGAUGGCCAAGAAGAAACAGUUACGUUGCAAGAUGCUGAUGAUGAUGUUAUGCAGAGGAAUGGUAUUCAUAUUCAGGAGGAGUCUGGCGGAAGCAAAGCCAAGGAAAUGGAGCAGAAACAUCCAAAUGUGUACUUUUAGAGCAUCUAUUACUUAAUGCCACGUCACUGCUGACAUUUAAAGGCCUCAAGAGCCACAAAAACCGUAUA